AUGAAAUCAAAACAAUACACUCUUAUCUCUAUUGAAGGUAAUAUUGGAUCUGGCAAAAGCACUCUACUAAGAUUGAUGUAAUAGAAAUAUCCAGAUUUGAGAUUUAUUGCGGAACCAGUUAAUGAAUGGCAAAGCAUUAAUGGAGAUCCAACUUUGAAUUUGUUAGGUUCCUUUUAUGAGGAGCCAUCAAGAUGGGCUUACACUAUGCAAGUUUAUGCAUUCUACAGCAGACUUAAGCAUUGGAAGGAGGUUCUAUCUGAUCCAUUGAACCCUGAAGAUAGACAUUGCAUUCUAAGUGAAAGGAGCAUAGAAGCUGAUAAAGAGAUCUUUGCUGUUAAUGGACACAAGAAUGGAAUGAUAAAUAAAUUAGAAUUCGCUUUGUAUGAGAAAUUUUAUGAGUUGGCUUUGCUGAUGAAUUGUCAAAUGAUCAUAUAUUUACAAGUAGACCCUGAUGUCUGCUUUUCAAGGAUGCAAAAGAGAGCAAGAGAUGAAGAGAAAAAUACCAUUUCCAAAGAAUAUCUGACUCAAAUCCACGAUAGACAUGAAGAAUGGCUAUUAAGGGAAACCCAUCAAAAUACAUCCAUACUAGUACUAAACGGAGAUAAAGAGUUUGAAAGCGAUCUCGUUCAAUAAAAUAAAAUGUUUAACGCUAUCGACUAAUUUUUAUAAGAAUUAUUAUGAUUCUAAUUAAAUUAUUUAUAUAUAUAUAAUUAUUACAAACAUUAAUAUA